AAUUUACAAUAUCUGAGUAUGGCCUAUGUCAACACAUUUUCGAUCAAAGGACUUCAAUAUUUAGCUGCUGGAAAAGGAUGCCGAAAAUUAUCCUAUUUAGAUAUAUCAGGAUGUACACAAGUAAAUACGGAUGGUAUGAAAUUUAUCGCUGAAUGUUGCCCAUUUUUAAAUACAAUUUUACUGAACGAUUUAGCAUCUUUAAAAGAUGAAGCUAUAAUGCAAUUGGUUAAUGGAUGUCGUAACUUAAGAGCAAUUUCACUACAAGGAACGAAUUCUCUAUCUGAUCAUAGUUUCCAAUACAUUUCCCAGCUUAAAAAAUUACGAAAGCUUCGCAUAGAAGGUAGAAAUAACCUUAUAACGGAUACCUCCAUUAAAGCUUUAGGAAGGAACUGCCUUGAAUUAAAUCAUAUUUAUCUUGUCGAUUGUCCAAGAUUAACAGAUUUAUCAAUCAAAGCCUUAGCACCCUGUCGACAAUUAAACUACUUAAAUGUAGCUGACUGCGUAAGGAUAUCAGAUACUGGUGUGCGUCAUGUAGUAGAAGGUCCAGCGUCUUCCAAACUAAAAGAGCUUAAUCUAUCAAACUGUAUAAGAAUUAGCGAUGUAACUCUACUUAGAAUAGCACAAAGGUGUACAGAAUUACAGCGGGCUAGUUUCUGUUUUUGUGAGCAUGUCACAGAUGCUGGAGCAGAACUUAUGGGAGGGUUGUCCAAUUUAGUUUCAAUAGAUCUAUCAGGUUGCUUUAUUCAAGAUCAAGGCUUGAUGGCUCUUGGCAACAAUAGCAAAUUUCGUAAGAUUGAUUUGGCUGAGUGUAGCACAAUUUCAGAUUUUGGUGUACAGGUGAUGUGUCAACAUUGCCGAGACUUACUGUCUUUGGACCUAUCACACUGUGUAUUAAUAACCGAUAACGCCGUUAAAAGCAUAGCAUUUUGCUGUCGACUUCUUAAAUCGUUAAAAUUAGGAGGUUGUUCACAGGUAAAAAUGAUCUUUAUUUCUCAAAUUUCUAAUCAACAACCACCUAAACAUAGCUAA